AUGUUACUUCUUACUCUCAUAAUUCUUCUUUAUAUUCUCAUUUUAUCUUCUACAUGUUUUUACUUCUGCAAUAUUUUUUUCCUUGAAUUUCCUUCUAACAUUUCUUCUUUUCCUCCUCUUUUUCUUCCUCUUCUUUUUUUAAUGUUUCCAAUUUUCACAUUCUUUCUUCUUCUUAUAUCUCUUCUUUACAUUCUCUUUACUUCUUUUUUCUUCCAUAUUUUUCUUUACCUACACUUUUUUCUCUCACUUUCUUUCUUUAUUAUUCUACAUAUUUGUACCUUUCUUUUCUUUUCUUUGUAUCUUUGUUUCAUUCUUUCUUUAUUAUUCCCCUUUUUCUACCUUUGCCUCUUUUCUUUCUUUCUUUCUUUCUUUCUUUCUUUCUUUUUCUUUUUCUACGUUUCUUUUCUGUUUCUUUUUAUUAUUCCCCGUUUUCUACCUUUGUCUCUUUUCCUUUGGUUUCUUUCUUUCUUUCUUCUUUAUUAUUUUCAUUCUUUCUUUCUUUCUUUUUUCUUUCUUUCUUUCUUUCUUUCUUUCUUUCUUUCUUCCUCUUCCUUGCUUUAUUUCCCUUUCUUUCGUUUUUCGUUAUUCCUUUGCUUUUCAACUUAUUUUUUCUUUCUUUACUUUCUUUAUUUUUUUCUCUAUAUAAUUUCCGUUUCUUUUUCACUUUUUUCUUUCAAUUUUCGUCUUCCUAUAUUUUUCGUCAUCAUUUCUUUCUUUCUUUCUUCAUUAUUCCUCUUUAUCUACGUUUUUUUCUUUUUCUUUCUUUUUAUCAUUCCUUUUUUUCUACCUUUGUCUCUUUUCUUUUGUUUUCUUUCUUUCUUCUUUAUAAAACUCUUUUUUCUUUCUUUUCUUUUUUUUAUCGUUCUUUCUUUAUUAUUGCCCUUUUUCUACCUUUCUUUUAUUUUCUUUCUUUCUUUCUUUCUUUCUUUCUUUCUUUCUCUACCUUGCUUCAUUUCCCUUUCUUUCUUUUCUCGUUCUUUCUUUGCUUUUCUUCCUUUACUUUCUUUAUUUCUUUCUCUAUAUAAUUUCCGUUUCUUUUUCACUUUUUUCUUUCAAUUUUCGUCUUCUAAUAUUUUUCGUCAUCAUUUCUUUCUUUCUUUCUUUCUUCAUUAUUCCUCUUUUUCUACGUUUCUUUUCUUUUCCUUUCUUUUUAUCAUUCCCCUUUUUCUACCUUUGUCUCUUUUCUUUUGUUUUCUUUCUUUCUUCUUUAUUAUACUCUUUUUUCUUUCUUUUCUUUUUUUUAUCGUUCUUUCUUUAUUAUUGCCCUUUUUCUACCUUUCUUUUAUUUUCUCUCUUUCUUUCUUUCUUUCUUUCUUUCUUUCUUUCUUUACCUUGCUUCAUUUCCCUUUCUUUCUUUUCUCCACUGAUAAGCGUAUCUAUCUAUCUAUCUAUCUAUCUAAUCCGGUCUAUUCAUAUCUAUCUAUCUAUCUAUCUAUCUAUCUAUCUAUCUAUCUAUCUAUCUAUCACAACCUGUUUAUUUUAUUUCUAUCUAUCUAUCUAUCUAUCUAUCUAUCUAUCUAUCUAUCUAUCUAUCUAUCUAUCACAGCCUGUUUAUUUUCUAUUUCUAUCUAUCUAUCUAUCUAUCUAUCUAUCUAUCUAUCUAUCUAUCUAUCACAGCCUGUUCAUAUUCUAUCUAUCUAUUCAUCUAUCUAUCUAUCUAUCUAUCUAUCUAUCUAUCUAUCUAUCACAACCUGUUUAUUUUAUUUCUAUCUAUCUAUCUAUCUAUCUAUCUAUCUAUCUAUCUAUCUAUCUAUCUAUCUAUCUAUCUAUCACAGCCUGUUCAUUUUCUAUCUAUCAUUCAUCUAUCUAUCAUCAUCCUAUCUAUCUAUCUAUUUUCACAGCCUUUCUAUCUAUCUAUCUAUCUAUCUAUCUAUCUAUCUAUCUAUCUAUCAUCACAGCUGUUCAUUUUAUUUCUAUCUCUAUCUAUCUAUCUAUCUAUCUUCUAUCUAUCUAUCUAUCUUCAUUUUCUUAUCUAUCUAUCUAUCUAUCUAUCUAUCUAUCUAUCUCUAUCUAUCACAGCCUGUUCUUUUUAUUUCUAUCUUUUAUUUCUAUCUAUCUAUCUAUCUAUCUAUCUAUCUAUCUAUAAUAUUUAUUGCUUAUCUAUCUAAACAGCCUUUUUUUUAUCUCUUUUUUUUUAUAUCCAUCCAUAUAGAGGAUGCAAUUGAUAAAUUGUCUGGGGAAGUGAUAAGUUCCAAGCAAGUUCAAUGUGGUGUUUCGGUGACAGCUCACGCAUUUUUUGUUGUUGUUGAAGAAGCAAUUGCUGCCAUAGUUCUUGGAGUUAAAGAAGCACUUGGUGCCAGAGUUGUUGUGGUAGUUCAAGAAGCACGUGGUAAAAUAUUUGUUGUUGUUGUUGAAGAAGCACGUGGUGCCAUAAUUAUUGUUGGUAAAGAAGCAUGGGGUGCCAUAGUUGUUGUUAAAGAACCACGUGGUGCCAUAGUUGUAGUUGUUGAAGAAGCACUUGCUGCCAUAGUUGUUGUUGGUGAAGAGGCAGGUGGUGCCAUAGUUGUUGUUGUUGAAGGAGCGCGUGGAGCUAUAGUAGUUGUUGAAGAAGCACGUGGUGCCAUAGCUGUUGUUGAAGAAGGACUUGGUGCCAUAGUUGUUGUUAAAGAAACACAUGGUGCCAUAGUUGUUCAAGAAGCACUUGGUGCCAUUGAUUUUGUUGAAGAAGCACGUGGUGCCAUAGUUGUUGUUGAAGAAGCACGUGGUGCCAUAGUUGUUGUUGAAGAAGCACUUGGUGACAUAAUUGUGGUUGAAGAAGCACUUGGUGACAUAAUUGUUGUCGAAGAAGCACGUGGUGCCAUAGAUGUUGCUGAAGAAGAACUCGGUGCCAUAGUUUUUGAUGAAGAAUCACGUGGUGCCAUAGUUGUUGUUGUUGAAGAAGCACGUGGUGCCAAAGUUGUUGUUGAAGCACAUGGUGCCAUAGUUGUUCAUGUUGAAGAAGCACUUGCUGCCAUAGUUGUUGUUGUUGAAGAAGGACUUGGUGCCAUAGUUGUUGUUAAAGAACUACGUGGUGCGAUGGUUGCUGUUGCUGUAGAAGCACUCGAUGUUGUUGAAGAAGCACUUGGUGCCGUAGUUGAUGUUGAAGAAGCAGGUGUUGCCAUAGUUGUUGUUGUUGAAGAAGCAAUUGAAGCCAGAGUUGUUGAAGAAGCCCUUGGUACCAUAGUUGUUGUCGUUGAAGGAGCACUUGGUACCAUAGUUCGCGAAGAAAUCGAACCCUUUCUGGAAGUUUUAGAUUUGACGCUUUUUUCUGGUUUAAUUUUCUUUCUUUUUUUUAAUCUUUCUUCUUCUUCUUCUUCUUCUUCUUCUUCUUCUUCUUCUUCUUCUUCUUCUUCUUCUUCAGUAAUCCUCCUUUCAUCUUCUUUUAUACAACACAAACUACGUUAUAUUUUUCUUCAGACAUUUAUUCAUUUUCUAACGUCUUUUUAUUUAUAUCGUUCUAUUUCUUUUCUAAAAAGCAUGAAUUAUCUCCCCUUGUUCUUCACUUCUUUCAAUAGACAACUGCAGGCUUUGCUCCAAUAA